GCGCAGUGUCUACGGCAGCAGGUCUCUCGUCUCUCAUUGCGGCGGCUGAAGAUCAUCGAGCGGCGGGCGAAAUGUCGCUGCAGCGCCGGUGAAUAUCCGGAGGAGAGGAGAAUGAUGAUGGAGGAAUCCGACAGCAUCCCCUGCACCGCGGAGGACGGACUCUUGUCCAGCUGGAGGUGGAACAGAACCGCCCGGGAUCAAGUCCAAAUCAAGCCGAAGAUCCGCGAUCUGCCCGGAUUACUAAAACACGGACUGAACCUGCGCAAAAAGAGCCAGUCACCUGACACCAUCCCAGGACCCAGUACGGGUGUCACACCCAAACCCAAGACGUGUUCUCAGAGUUUCCCUUGCGCUGGACGCGCCCUGAGAAAUGCAUUUCUGUCUCAUGGACCGUAUCCAGCUAAAGACAAGAUUCACCUCGCCAGGAUUAUCAGGAGGAGUUAUGUUGGUGUGGAGCUGGUACAGUGGCUAAUGGAGCAAUGUUUGUCGGUUCAGUGUCGGUUAAUGGCGUCACGGGUUUGGCAGGUGCUGCUGGAGUUGGGAAUACUACACUCAGUUGACCAGCGGUUGGUGUUUGAAGACUCUAACACAUACUAUCAGUUCUCGUUUGAGGAGUGCGACACUCAGGGUUGUGAAUUUCGUAACGAGGAAGAAUGGCAGAAUGGAGUCCGUCUUCUGCUGCAGAUGGUACCCUACGUGCAGUUCAGAGUCGUCAGUCCACCCGAGGAAGACCCCGACAGAAAGCGAGAUAUCUGCGGGGAGAUUCUCCAGAUGAAAGCUCUGGAGAGACUCACAUCUACAGUACAGAAUGAACUUGCCGCUGCUCUCGAAAAGGCCAAGAAAUCCAUGUUAGAGGACGACAGCUCGGCGGCAUCAGACAAUUCUCCACAAGAACCCACAAAACCCACCGAAGACAACAGCAAGCAGGCAGGCGUCUGCGCUCUCCGACCUCCCGAUGACUUCUCGCGGUUAGAGAUGGUCCAGCGGCUGGCCAAGGACGGGUAUCGGUUCCUUCAGAACCAGAAUUACCGGCUCCCUGACCGUUCCACACAGGCGCAGGGUGAGGGCGCGGUGCGCGUGUGUUUGAAGGAGCGAGGUCAGGACGUGUUGGUUCUCAAGCGAGUUCCAUCAGAUCCUUCGUCUCCACAAACGGCGGGAGUCAAAGACGAGGAUGGUGAUAAAAGGUAUGUCGUGGUGUCCGGGACGCCCCACAAGAUCCUGGAGCACCUGCUGAGUGACCUUCGCCUGGACGAGCAGCAGGGAGCGUCGGAGGGCAAAGAGGCGGAAAUGCUUCUGGAUGACUUCCUGUUGACGUAUCUGGUCUUUAUGUCCACCAGUGAGCUCUGCCAAGCCCUGCUGGGACACUACUGUACUAAGCGUGUACAAAGUCAAGGGAAGGAGGAAGGAAAGGAGGCCCUCUUUAGGAAGCGGAAGGUACUGCACCUUGUGUCCCAGUGGAGCGCUCUCUACAAGGACUUCCUGCGAGAAGAGGAGAACGUCAAACUCUUCAUGAAGACGCUGUAUCGAUACGUGCUGGAGGACGUUUAUGAGUUUCCUACUCUGGAAAAAGACCUCAAGGAAUUCCAGAAACUUCUGCGACGCAGACACACGAUGGAUGAUUAUUCUCCACACCAAAAGAAUAAAGCGCUCUUCCAGCAACUGAGUCUGAAGGAGAACUGUGUUCCGCUCCGAGCGUCUCCAGUUGAGUGUAAAGAAGUAAUGUGUCACGUGUAUGUGAGCUGUGAUUCGUAUCUCAGUAUGAGAGUAAAACCAGUCGUAAUCGCUCAAGAACUGCUGCACAUCAUCGCUCAACGGAUGGACAGAGCAGAAGACGACAUGAUGCUGGUGGCCCAGACUUACAGCGGAGAGAAGCGUGUCCUGCAGCCCAAUGACAGUAUUUAUUCCGACUCUCUAGUGACUCCAGGUAGACUGAUCGCCUGUCGGAGGGAUCUCAACGAGAUACUGCCGCCCCUGACUGAGUGUCCAGAACUGGGUCAGAAGCCCGUCAGAUUGCUGGGUAUCAACACGUGGGACGUAGCCGUGGCUCUCACAAACUUCGACUGGAGUCUCUUCAACUCCAUACAUGAGCAAGAUUUGAUCUUCUACACGUUCAGUCGUCAGGCCAGCAGUGGACACACGGUGGCGCUAGAGUUCCUGUUGCAGCGUUGCAAUGAGGUCCAGCAGUGGGUGAUGUCAGAGGUGCUGCUCUGUCCAUCGCUCGGCAAACGAGUCCAGCUGCUCAAGAAGUUCAUCAAGAUCGCUGCCCACUGUAAAGCGCAGAGAAAUCUGAACUCUUCAUUCGCUAUCAUCAUGGGUUUGAACACGGCAGCCGUCAGUCGUCUCAACCAGACGUGGGAGAAAGUUCCUGGAAAAUUCAAGAAGCUUUUCUCUGAGCUUGAGUUGUUGACGGAUCCAUCCAUGAAUCACAAGGCCUACAGAGACUCAUUCAAGAAGAUGAAACCGCCCAAAAUACCCUUCAUGCCUCUGCUGCUUAAAGAUAUCACUUUCAUCCACGAGGGGAACAAAACGUUUCAUGAUAAUCUUGUCAAUUUUGAGAAGCUGCACAUGAUUGCAGACACAGUCCGACUCAUCCGCUUCUGUCAGACGGAUCAAACAGGAAAUGAGCUUUCCCAGUGUGACAGUCCUGAAGUGCGAACGAGUGUGCAUUACCUGCACAUCAUUGACAAUCAGCAGACACUGUUUGAACUGUCUCACAGACUGGAGCCCCGAGUGUAACAGCCCUCUGCUGGACAUUCACUGCAACUGCACCAACGAAACGCAGCGUUUUCUCAAUGUUAACACAGGUUGAGCUGCUUAAAUAAAAGACAGCACCUUCACUGACAGAGACGAGACACUCUGAAACAAUUCCAGCUCCCAGCACUGACUGAACAGACACUGUUUGUGGGAUUUGUGGGAUUGUGUUUUUCAGGUCCACCAGGGGGCGACACUUUCACAGCCAAAUAAGUGAGAACUGUACAGUAUAUUGACCUGUUUGAGCACACAGGUUGUUAUUUUGAUGUUCAUAAAAUGUUGAAUUAAUGUCAGAAUUUAUUGAUGGUUGAUAUAAAUAUUUUCCAGUUAGAAAAAUAUAGGAAAACUGUAAGUUUUCCAGCAUUUGUUUUGUUGAAAUGCAGUUGUUAAUGUUAUUUAAUGUGGCUUUUUAUCUCUGAAAAUGAGUUUUACUGGUAUUUAUGUAUGAUUGUAUUAUUUCAGACAGCUAGGGCUGGGCGAUAUUGCUAAAUAAUUAUGUCUUGAUAGUUUUUAGCCUUUUGAUGAUCUUAAUAUUUAUAAUGUUUUUUUAAUGGUUUAAUAGAGUGAUUUGUUUUUAAUCUGAAAAACAUAAUUUCAACCAAAUAGCCAUUUUUACCAAUUCAAUUUAGAAUGUUAAAUGCCAAAAAUUAAAUAAAGAAUAAAGACAGUUGUUUUAAAUAAUCAAGACAUGUUUUGCACACUGUUUCUGACGAAAUAAACACAAGAAAACUUUAUUUUUUAAUAUUUUGAGUUAUUAUUAUCCAUUAAUAUAACAAUAAAUAAACAGCAAUAUUACUAACAUACUGUAUAUAUUUACUAUAAAAAAUAAUUAACAAUGAAAAAUGGCACAUUUUUGAGUAAUGAUGCAUUUUUGAAUCAAGUUUUGAAUAGAUUCAUUGAAUAGUUUCACGAGAAUGAAUAAAACGCACCAACUUUAACGCUAUUUUUCUACUCGAGUUUAAAUCGUAAAACGAAUCUAAUGACGCGUUCUUUCGGAAAAUGAAUGGCCUAAUAAAAAGUGCAAAAAAAAUAGUUGCGACAUUGCCUAAUUUUAUAUUGCUAGCAAAAUCAUCGCGAACAUAUUGUUAAUAUCCAAUAUAGCGCCCAGCCCUACAGCACACAUUCCAUAAACUCCGACUGAACAAACAAAGGUCAAAGGUCAUGAUGAUGUCAUAAUGAGCCAAACACUCACUUGAUUUAGAAUCUUGAUCAGUGUUGGGUGUAAUCUGAUUACAAAGUAAUUUGCUAUUGUAAUCUGAUUACUUUUAAGUUGGGGUGAAGUAGUGUAAGGCAAUGUAAUCUGAUUGCAGUUACUGACCUUUAAUUAAGUUAAUUAUUUUUUGUAUUUUUUUUGUAGAGAAUUAAUGUGUAAUGGAUUACUUUAUUGGAGUAAUUUACCCAACACUGAUCUAGAUAUUACAAGAUGAUUUGUAGUUUUUUUUGGUUUGUUUUUAUGCGUUAUAUUGCAUUUUAUUUCAUGUUUUGGGCAUUUUAAUGCCUGUUUUUGUGACAUAGCAACGACUGAAGCUUUACUUAUUAAGUGUAAUCGUUACAGUGACCUGACAGUAUUAUUUCAAAGUCAUUUAUGUCAUCUGUUUGAUGGUCGAGACUCUUGAAGAUGUUUGUUUUUCACUGGUGUGGCUGCUCUCUGAUGUCAUCGCAUUUGCAUACAGUUGUUUAUAUUUACAGCACUGAAACUCUUGUGUGAAAAUAAUUUAAAUAAUUCGUUUUAAAGUGACAUGCAUGCAUAUUGUACUUGCACUUACAUCUUUGUUUGUACAUUAUUGUGUAAGAAUGUAUAUACGUUUAUAUAUGUAAAGAAAUAAGUUGUUAGUCAUUUGCAAACACACGUUUUUGUGCCAAGCACUAUUAUGGGAUAGAAAUGCAAUAUGAGAACAUUUUAAUAUUGUGAAAUGUUUUUGAAAAGCCUUAGCUGCCGCUAUCAUUCCCCGUUCAUUCUGGAAGUGAAAUGCUGAAUUUUUAGUGGGAAGAAAAAGUCUUUUUAAAGGAAUAGUUCAUCUGAACAUUUAAUUCUGUCAUUGUAUACUCACUCUUGUGUCGUUACAAACCCAUGUGACACAAACAGAAACAUGUGACUUUAGAAGAGUUGGAAUGAUGCACACAAGUCGUAUCAACCACUUGCAUGAAAAAAAAACAACCGGUUUAUUCUUCAAACUUUCUCCUUUUGUGUUCCAGAAAGGCAUACAGGUUUGGAACAGCAUGAGGGUGAGUACAUGAUGAUUGAAUUGUCAUAUUUAGGUGAACUAUUCCUUUAAAAGGGUUUGAUAUGAUGUCAAAAUGUCGGUACUUGUUGCAGUUUCAUUCUGUGCAUCUCUUUUAAGAACUUUUAAAGGAAUUAAAGGUUUCAUUGAACUAGUUGAAGAGCUCAGGAAAGAGUCACAGAAGUCGGCCUCGAUGCCAUUAUUUUCUAUGUGAACAAAGAUGGUAUAAAGUGAAAUUUGGCUUACUGUGCCAAAUAGUGGCUCACUUUAUAUUUAUUCUUCACUGCCACAUUUGUUCACCGACACUGAAAGCAUCUCACCUUAACGUUCCUAUGACUGAAUACACAGACGUUUUGUAAUACUUCUAGUAACAACUUGUGCUUUUUUUGUGUUUGAAGAGAUGUUUCUAGGUGCACAAUGUACGAUGUGCCAUUCUUAGCUAGAGGUGGUGUCAAAAUGGGCUUUUCAGGUCAACGUUUGGGGCAUAUUUCACCUUAAAAUCAAAAGAAAAAAAAUGAUAAGAAAUUGUAAUUUGCAUCAAAAAUGUUGAUAAUAUUUGUAUGACAAGUAAACACAUUUUCUCCCAAAUUCUCUUUACCGUAACGUGAAAAAAGUCUUGUACAGUAACGGAAAUUAAGGUCAACAAAUACUAUCAUGUACACUUACAAUUGUACUAAUGUACUUCACACUUAUAGUAACGAGAAUGUUGUUGUUUUUAUGUUGUUUUUGCCUUACAGUAAUGAUCAUUUAGGGAGGCGGAUGCUUAAUUGUCAUGAAAAUGAUGUCACAAUGCAAAAAAGAAUUUUCAUAUUUGUGAUGCGAUCACUCUAAAUAUUCAUUUCAAUUUCAAAACAAAAUUCCAUCAUAUUGAAUUGAGUAAACUUUAACAAAACACUAAUACAAAAAUAUGAUAUAUUAAUAAAUAAAUAAUAGUUCUAUUGAUUACAUUUCUUUCCAAAUUUCGAUGUGAUGGAAUGUUUGAAACUGAAAUUCGUAGAUCUUACAAAUAGGCCAAAAUAUUUGCUAUAUAUUUGUCGAGUGUGUGAAGGUGAAUUAUUUUGAGAUUUGCUGAUUUCUCUAAAGUUGUGACUUGUGCCGUCUUUACAAGAACAACUUCAUUUCAAAGGGAGAAAACUGCAUUUACGUGCUGUUCUGUUCAAUUCCUGAUUGAAAUGGAUCACGGGGAGACACUGAGAAAAGGAAUCUUGUUGUAAUCUGCAAAUGUACAUAUAGAUAUGCUCUGAAUAGAAGACUUCAUGUUAAAAAAGAGAAAGGAAUUCAAAGCAAUAUAUUUACAGUAUGUUUUUCCUCUGUUGCUAUAGAAAACAUCUUUUCUAUAACCUGCAUUUUUACAAAAAUGUUUAAAAGCAAAUGUCAAUAAAAGAUUUAU